AUGAGCAGUUACGUCAACUCGCUGCUGGUCGAACUCGGAAUCCGUGCCGCCCCCCACCACCCAGACGAAGCGGAGCACUCUCGGGGCGACGAAUCAACAAAGCUGCCUAACAACAACGAUCCUGUUCACUCCCCGGACCAAGAUCGUAUUGUAUCGGAUCUACCUGCUGGAAAUGCAGGGUCGCUGCAUGGACCUAGCCCUCCUUUCUUCACGCCUCUCCUGAAAGACAUGGAUCGCCGAACUUCGGAGCGCGGGCGCCAGCACCAGCACCAGCACCAGCACCCUCGACACGAUGGCGAGUUCUCCAGCCAGGACCAGUCGACUCCAGUCAUCACUACCAAUAACAUAAUUGAUAAUCCACACCAUAUUGAUAUGAGCGUACCAAGCCUUGGAAACAUGCCCCUGCAGGAGGACGAAUCGGGCGCCGGACAAAAUGAACGAUCUAUUGGAGGAGAUGCACAGUCAAGACGAGGAUCGCAAGAGGGGUCAGGGCAGAACUCGGGCAAUACACUCAAUGCAGAUGUGCUGGCUCCAACGUCUUUGCCUGCUGAUGAUGGAAUGGGAUGGUUGAGGAAAAAGAUCAUUGCAAUCCGGGAUCGAGACCUUGACAACAACGAGAAGGCGCGGAUGGUCCACGAUCUCAUGACGGAGAAGUACAACAGAUGGUCCCACGCAACGAUGCUGAAAUCUCCAACCUUAAGCAACUCUCCCAUGCAUCAUCUUCCCAGCUCACCAUUACUCGCAAUGAAUUUAUCGCCAGAUCCUUGUCAUACGACCCCGAGCCCCACAUCGGACAUGCCAGCCCCUCCAUACGAGAAUCAUUUCUCCCUCACCGCUGAAGAUUUGCAACCAACAUAUGUCCCACGAGUCGAACCCGACUCCCCAGCCGUUGAGACCGGCGAUGAAGCCGGCGAUGAAGCCGGCGACCAGGACACAGAAGAAUUGGACGAGGCCUCUCUAGGCUGCCAGCAUUAUAAAAGAAACGUCAAGCUUCAAUGCUUCACUUGCAAGAAGUGGUACACAUGCAGGUUCUGCCAUGAUGAAGUUGAGGAUCAUCCAUUGGUUCGCCGAGAUACGGAGAACAUGCUCUGCAUGCUCUGUGGACAUGCCCAGCCUGCAGCCCAAAAUUGCCAUCAAUGCGGGGAAGAUACAGCUCACUACUAUUGCGAUAUCUGCAAGCUAUGGGACAACGACAGCAAGAAAAGUAUCUAUCAUUGCCACGAUUGUGGGAUUUGCCGAAUUGGACAAGGACUUGGGAAAGAUUUCUUCCAUUGCAAGACCUGUUGUGUGUGCUUGCCCAUAUCCAUAGAGGAUACUCACCGAUGCAUCGAAAGAUCCACCCAGUGUGAUUGUCCCAUCUGCGGGGACUACAUGUUUACCUCCCCAGAGACGGUAGUCGUAAUGCGAUGCGGCCAUAGUCUUCAUCACAAAUGCCUUUCUGAACAUUCAAAAACAUCCUUCCGAUGUCCAAUCUGCAGCAAGACCAUAACCAACAUGGAAUCGACAUUCCGAAACCUAGACCGCACAAUCGAGAGUCAGCCAAUGCCCGCCGAAUUCACAGAUACCAAAGGACUCGUCUAUUGCAACGACUGCGGCGCCAAAUCGAUCGUCAAAUAUCAUUGGCUGGGAUUGAAAUGUGACUUAUGUGAAUCUUAUAAUACAGCCCAGAUCCGCAUCCUGCAAGGGGACGUUUCUGCGGUCCUCGAGGAAGAGGGCGUGAACGAGUCCGAGCCCCAGCCCCAGCCCGAGCCCGAGCCCAACGAGCCCCCCCUACCGGCUGCGAUCAGCAUCAUUGCAGCACUGCAUAUGAACAACACCCCGCCUUCACAGUCCCGUCUCAGUGUACCGGGAUCAGCUGGUUCCGAUAACCGAUUCGUCUCCUACAACAUGACUCACAACCGAGCAAUUUCGCCAGUAGUCAGCAAUUACUUUGGUCUACCCACCGAGCGCGAAUCAGAGAAACCCUCAUCGUUGCCAUUCUUUGGAAGCCCGCUCCGAUCCGAAGGCGACACUGAUUACGGGGCAUUGAAUUUUCUAAGUAAAAAGCUUCGGGAUCGUUAUGGAUUUCUUUCAAACGACGCAGCAACCGUUGAAAGAAAGGGGGGAGCUGGGGGUGAAGGUGAAGGUGAUGAAGAGGAUGACGACGAUGAAGCAGAGUCCUCUUCCUCUUCUUCCGGAUCUGACAACGAAAAUGAUGACGAUGAUGAUGACGAUGGAAUUGACCCCAUCGACCUCCUCGGCCACCGAUGA